GUGUAACGAUAUACCGGUAUACCGGUAUAUUGUGAUACAGCUGAGAAACGAUAUGUAUUGCAAUACGAUUUUCCAUAUACCGGUAUUUUCGAUAUUUAUUCUCCAUGAAUUAUUUUGAAAUUUUUCAUUCACAUUACGAUCAAAUUACAAUAAAACCAGCUAAGUAGUCGUAGGCGCUUUCUCGACGUUUUUGUUUUUUGUCCCGGAAGCGGUAGUGUGUUUACAGUAAACACGCAUGUGCGAGCGAAAACGAAAGUAGUCGCGGGAAAGAUGGCGGAGGAAAAGGACGAAAGCUUCAGCAUCAUUCCUAAUAAGAAGGCUAAGUCCGAUAUAUGGCAACACUUUGGCUUGAAGCAAUACAAGGAAAAAACAAGCGUUGAACCGGGCGUCGCCGUGUGUAAAAAAUGUAGAACAGAGGUGAAGUACAGUGGCGGAACAACCAAUCUGGGCGUGCAUUUGGACCGCCAUCACAAAAUGACAGUCAUUGGAAAAAGUGCAAAAAAAUCAUUCGAGUCGUCGAUUGGUACUGCUUGUACUAGUGGUGGUAAGCAGAAAACUUUAUUUGAACUCUCGCAAUCUAAGUAUAGUAGAACGUCUGAGAAGUACAAGCAAAUUACUGCUGCCAUUGGAAAGUUCAUUGUUAAAGACUUGCGUCCCUUUUCCAUCGUAUCUAACGAAGGAUUUUUGGAAUUGAUGAAAGUGCUUGAUCCUCGUUAUGAUGUACCCUCGCGUAUUCAUUUCUCAACAGUUAUUAUUCCUGACUUUUAUGAAGAAGUAAGGUCAAAUGUUUUGAAAAGUAUGUCAAAAUCUGAAACUGUUGCUUUGACAACAGAUGGAUGGACCAGUAGAGCGACAGAAUCUUAUGUAACAGUCACAUCAAGUUUUAUCACCAAGGAUUGGAAAUUACAAAACUUUGUUUUACAAACCCGUGCUCUACCGGAAAGCCACACAGGUAUUAAUAUCGCUAAUGUUCUAACAACCGCUAUCAAUGAAUGGAAUAUUCCUAAAAAACCCUAUGUGCCACUGGUAACGGACAAUGCCGCAAACAUGUUGGUGGCAGCUAGGGAGGCUGACUGUAAACCACACAUUGGUUGCUAUGCUCACACUUUGAACCUCGCAGCACAAAAAGCCCUGAAAAUAAACUCUGUUUCUAGGAUUCUUGGACGUGUGAGGAGAGUCGUUUCAUUUUUCCACCGAAGCACUACAGCAGCUGCUGUAUUGAAGUCUAAAACUAAACUACUUUGCCUGAAAGAAAUGAAACUGGUACAAGACGUCAGUACUAGAUGGAAUUCUGCUGUAGACAUGCUGGAAAGAUACCUGCUCCUGCAACCAGCAAUAUUUGCUGCUUUGAUGUGUAAAGAUAUUAAAAGAAAUCAACAUGAGGUUUCUACACUGAGCUGUGAUGACCUGAGAUUAGCAGAGGAAAUCAUGGAAUGUUUACGCCCUUUGAGAGAAAUUACACAAGUCCUGUGUUCUGAAAAACUCCCUACUGUGUCUAUUAUUUUGCCAUUACAAAAGAAAUUGUUGACCCAAGUACUUGUUGAGAGAGAAUCAGACUCCAACAUAAUUAAACAGAUGAAGAAUGCCAUGUCUUCUGAUUUAUCAGAAAGGUAUACUCCCAUUACUGAUUUUCUUGAGGAAUGCUCAGCUGUAGACCCAAGAAUUAAAGUGUCUUUCAGGCCUGCAGAUGAGCAGUUCAUGGUUUACAACAGGUUGUCACUGAUUGCAGGAAGUGCUACUCCCAUCAAAGUCAAAACAGAACCAGGACUUGAACAAGUUGGAUCGGUUCAGCCAGGCCCAGUAUUACCAAAUUUACCACAACUACAAGAAGACACACAGAGUCAAGAUGAGUCAACUGCUGCAGCUGAAAUGGAUACUUCUGGCCCUCCUGGACUCUCCUCCAUUUUGAGUGAUGUCAUAUUUGUCAAACAUGAGGAAGGUGUAUUUAAAUCCCAGUUGGAGAAAGCUUCAGAUGAAGUUGCAUGUUACAAAGAAAUGGAACUUCUUCCCAUGGAUCAGGACCCAUUGAAUUGGUGGAAAAUGCAUGAAUUACAAUUCCCCCUUCUAUCAUUAAUUGCAAAGUGUAGAUUAUGCAUCCCAGCUACAUCAGUCCCAUCUGAAAGAAUCUUUUCAACUGCAGGGGAUAUUGUUACUGCCCAAAGGUCACAGCUGAGUCCUGAUGUUGUGGACAAGUUGAUAUUCUUGAAAAAGAAUAUGUAAACCACUGAUCAAUGUAAACUUCCAGUAACUUACUAACUUUCAAGCAAUAAAUGCAUAUAAAUUAAA